UAUUUUUAUGGCAUACCCAAUACCCACUGAAGCCAUACUGGGCAUGCUUAUUAGUGUGUGUUUUUAAUAUAUACAUACAUUUAUCAUCGUCAUCGGCCAAGUUUAUUCCGAUAGUACGUGUCUAGAGUAACGUAUAUAAUUUUUAAAAUAUUAUUAUUUAUAAUUAACAAUACAGGUAAUUAGUAUUAGAUAUUAUUUAAUGAAUAAACUGUGGCUAUGACGGUAUUUUGUCGGACAACUUGGAGCUUGAGCCGAGCUCAUACAACGGAGAUUAUUAUUCCCCGUAGAAUGUGGAAGGAAUAACCACUAAAUUGUGCUGGUGAAUUUUUAAAAAAUAAUCAGUGACUUGAAAAGUUAACGAAAAACUCAGAUUUUUAUUGUAAAAAAUCAUAAAAGAUAAAAGGGAUAAAGCAACGGAGCACGCGAUGGAUGUCGUGGCUACCGAUGUAAAUGGCGGGAACGCUGAAGUGGCGCGCGACGACGAUGUGCCAGAUCCAGGAGUUGUUCAGCUCACUAAAUCACCAAAAGUUGAUGAGGAUAAAGACACCAAGGACAAGGAUAUCAAAGACGUAAAAGAGAACAAAGAUAAGGAUGCCGAGAUGGAAGAGGAUAAAAAAGAUGUGAAAGUGGAAGAGGUUCAGAAAAAAGAAGAACAAGAGACGAUUGUAGUUAAUGAGACUGAAAAAAUUGACGAGCAAGAGGUUAAUGGUGAUGUAAAGGGUGUUAGUGUUUCUGUUGUUAAAAAAAAUAUGACACCUGUGGGUAAACGAAAAUUACGUAAAACUAAAGCUAAUUCUACUAGUGCUGUCGAGAGUGAACACCAGGAUUCACCCUCAGUAAAUGCAAAUGCUAAUGCUAAUGCUAAUUCUAAUAAUAGCAGAACACGGAAUCAAAAGAGAAAAUUAUCAGAACCUGAUAAUCAUACAUCAGAUGAUUCAAUGGAUUUUAUAGGUUUUGAUAGCAAUAGUUUGAUGAAAGUUAACCCUGCUACGGAAAUUUUGUUGAAAUUGAUCGCCGAAGCUGAGGCAGAGAUUUCAUCAUCACAACCAUCUGCUAAACGCCCUAAGCGUUCGCUGUCCAAGGGUCCAGUUCGUAGGAAUGUUGAACUAAAAACAGAUGAUCAUCAAGCAGAAGUAGCAAAAGGUAAAAAGAAAUUGGAGAAACCGGACGGUGAGGUCGACAGUGGGAAUGCUGCUCCUGUAACUGCUGCGGUUAAAAAUGACGCUGGAAAAUCACCACCGUCUGCUAAAACUCCAGUUGUGAGUAGACGGGGAAUGAGAAAUUCUCAUGCACCACAAACUUCUAGUGUUGCUGCAGCGAAACAAAAAGUUUCGGCUGAUGUGACUAAUCCAGAAUACAAGGAACCUUUCAAGUAUGGAUGGAAACGCGAACUUGUGUAUAAAACCGAGACUGAUUCAACGAAAAAAGUUGUUGAAGUUUCUUAUUACACACCAAAGGGUAAAAAAGUUAAGAGUCUCAGAGAAAUUGCCGAAUUCCUGAAUACAAAAGAAUUGACGGUAGAUAAUUUUAUAUUUACCAAAGAACCAACGGGUAUUAACGAUCCGCAAUAUGAAAUAAUCAAAGACGAAGCAACUCCCAUCAGUACUCCAGUUAGUGCGGGACCCGCCAAGAAAAUAGGAACUGGCAAGAAAGCUGCCGCUACAAAAAGACUUACUGGAAAAAUAUCUCCUACACCAGCUAAAACUCUUGGGAAAAAUUUACCUCUGAAAACAAGUACGCCCGGGAUUAAAGUUAAAGUUCCCGUCAAAAGAGGUUCACUAAGAAAAGACGUAUCACCGCCCAAAGAAACUGACGUGCUCGGGUGGACCAACUCGUCAAACAUCACAAGACGCAGUCAAGCUGCCACGGAAAAAACGUCGCCUUACAAAUCAAAGAGGUCAUUGAAGACCAAACUCCAGGAACCCUGCAGUAUCCGGUGUUCUAUGAGCAUGGGUCUGAUACCGAGUCUUCAAUGCUGUGUCUGCCUCUGUCUGUAUCAUCCUGAAUGCGUAGGUCACGCUGAGAAUUCCACCAGUGAAGAUUACGUUUGCAAGAAUUGUCGGCACGACAAUGAGGAAGGUAAGAAAGUUUCUAUAACACCACCGCCAUUGAUACCAAUAAGUAUGAUCGGUACACAAAAUGCAAAAUCACUUUUCCCGCCAAUUGAUCGACAAUCACCGCCGCGAGUUUUAUCAAGAAAUUCAAAACCUGACAGUGAAUAUUAUUCGAAAAAUUCAGCAAAAUCACAUCGAGAUUCAUUGUCAUCAACUGGUGGCAAUAAAUUAAAUACCGCGGCUUGGUAUUCAAGAAGAGAUUUUAUGCAGAGACAAGACGGCUCGGAGCCUAAACCAGCACAAAAUAUCGCGCUAUUAGCUGGCAAAAGAUAUAUUGUCGUACCGAAAAAUAACGCUGGUUCAGUUCAGCCGGCAAUCAGGCCCAAUAAAACCCAAAAUAAAUUAUCAAUUGAUGACGUUGAUAAAAUAAAUUAUUCUAGAGAAAUAGGAUUCAAAGAGUCUAGAGCGCCGAAAAAAUUACCAACUAGACUUUCAAGUGAAGAGAUUUUUAAAGAUAAAAAUAAUGAAAAGAGUCAAGACUCAAAGACAGCAACGAUAGACGUUGAAGAACCGCAGAGACAAAAUUCCGAUUUGAGUGACAAGACAGAUGACACUUGCAUUAGUGAAACUCCUGUAGGCGCUUUAGAAAAAAUUCACAAAACACUUGAAGACCAAGUGGAGGAUGACGCGCUGGUACAAGAAGUUAAAGAUAACGAUCAAGCGCAAGAACAGGAAAAUUUACACGACGAUAUUGAGGAAAAUGUACCAGCUACUGUUGGAAGAAAAACAAAUUUAGGUAAAGAGAUUAGUAAUGAAAAAUCAAAUGAAGAAAAAGCCAUUGAAAGAUCAGAGUCCAUGGAUACCGAUGGCUCGAGCGCAUCUGAUGAAAUGCCGAUUAAAGAAUCGGAAUUUGAUGCUGUAGCUGCAACUGCUGUACCAAAAGAUAUUUUAGAAUCAGAGGCAUCUGAGCUAACAACGAGUCCAGUGAAACAGACGGCGGGUAAUUUAAAUGAGGAAAAAAAUCAACAAGUUGGAACUAAUGAUAAAAAAGAGGUGGAGGCAGAUAAAAAGAAAGCUGUGGCGCCGCUGGUUGAAGUCGAUCAGAGACAGUACUUUAUGUCGACAGUCUGCUCUGGUUACAAUGCACUGUCACGAGUUUUCCAGUAUCUUAAAGUACAAGAAUUAUUACGCGCAGCGCGUGUGUGUAAAAUGUGGCGCGAUUUAGCUGCACAUCCCGCGCUGUGGAAGACAGUCCGUAUGAAGAAUAGUCAGGUCACCGAUUGGGACGGAUUGGUAGCAACCCUACAGAGGCACGGGACUGAACAUCUCGACUUACGUAAAAUGCUGAUUGCCCCUGAAUCUGACAGUAUUUGGCAAAAAUUUGUAUCAGUUAUUCCCAAUGUCAAGACUCUUAUCAAACUCGAACUGUGUCGCUGUCCCGUGAUGGUUGUUGAGGAAGUAAUUAAAGUUUGUCCGCAAUUGCAAGUACUCAGUGCCAUGUCAAUAAAAUGUGAUUGGCUCAAUUUAGAGGAUAUCGGUAACUUAAAAUCUUGUGAAGAAUUAAGACUUAAAGCCAUCACUGGUAUGUCAUUACACGGUGAUUUAACGCCACUACAAAAUCUCACUCAGCUGUCACACUUGAGUCUAACGUCAGUUAAAGAACUUGGUAAAAAAAAAAUAGAAAUACUGGCGUCACUUGUUAAUCUCGAGUCACUUGAGUUGGGCGAGUGCUCGGAUUUUUCAUCAAAGUUUGGCACUGCGGUGUUGUGUAAACUCACAAAACUCGAACGAUUGAGACUUGAAAAGGGUCAAGGUACUUGCUGUACCUUCGAUAUACUUAAAGGUGUUGCUAAACUCGAUAAAUUACAUCAAUUGGAACUGGUUAACUUUGAUGUUAAGAAUGGCUUUGAUAAACAUCUGGCAAAUUGUAAAAAUAUUAAGAGGCUGCUUAUUAUUCCGACGUACAUUUCACAGUCAGCGACGUCAAAUAAUAUGGUAUUGGGUGGUGUCACUGAGUUAUCUGACAGUCUCACGUAUUUCGUCUGGGGUGUAACACUAGAAUUGUUAAGAGUUACUCAAUUAUUUGUCGACCAAUGUAAUCAAAUGAAUAAACAAGUGUCUGGUGAUUCGAUACCUGUAUUGAAACCAGUACCUUGUUUGAAACUUAUUGAGGAUGCUGAUGACACGAAGAUGUCACCCAAAGCUGAAGAAAAGUCAACAAAUUCAUCAAAUCCUCAAGUAGACAUUUUACCUUUACCACAGUUGCAAAAACUUCUCUUGACAGCAUUACCGAAAACACGAGUGAAAAUAUUAAUGAUACCUUUCCAAGCUACCUGGAGACAAAGUAUUUCAGACACUGCGUCACAGUAAUAAACUAAAUAAUAAAGUAUAUAACCGCACAAUUUUUAAAUAUAAAACCCACGACCUCUCUGAAUAAUAUACGAGGUAUGUAAUAAAAAAAUGAUGAAGACUACGCCGACCAGAGCCACUUUAAAUCAUUCGGUACAUGCAGUAAUAGAACCACGCUGUUGACAUCACGUGUGCAUUUCAGUACGUCAGUUAUUAUUAUAAAUUAUUAUUAUUAUUAUUUUUACUGUUUAAAUUAUUUUUUCUAUAUAAAAAAAAUAAUAAUAAUAAAAAUGAAAUAACUAUUUAGUUAUUUUUUGAUCACACGAAUAUUUGGUAUUGUAAAUAAUUAUUAAUUAUUUUUUAUUCUAUAAAAACUCUUGGAUAUUUAAAAUUAAUGAGGUAUAAAAAAUAAAAAUUGUAAAAUUAAUAAACUAGAUGUUAAUGUUCUGUUUAAAUGAAAAAAACUAAAAUUAUAGAGAGUGAAAGUUUAAAUUUCUGUGCGAUAGACAAAUAUUUUCGAAAACUUUUUAUGAUUAUAAAGUAAUUAGAUGGACAUAUUUUACAUUUAAAUUUAUAAUCAGUGAAAAAAAAAUACAAGAGGAUAGUGAUUAAUGAUAUUAAUAACAAUUAAUUAAUUAAGAUAUUCAGCGUCAUAACUGUGGAUUUUUUUUUUCAUUUUUCAUGUUU